AUGUCUCAACAACCUCAAGAAACACUCGACGGUCAACCUCAGACAAGGUCUGACGGUGAACCGGCGGCCCUCAGUGGGAACACGGUGCCCAAUGUUGAGUUGAGCACUCCCCGGCGCGACGCCCAGUGGCCUGAUUGGUUCGAUCUCGAUGAUCAAAACUACAAUCGGCAACUAAGUCACGCUCAGGCUCAAGUACAAAGGUUCAAGAGGGAUUGCAAGGAAGCGGUCCGCCGAUUUCGCGAGGUCCGACGUAGAAAACAUCUGAAUGAGUUGUGGUACUCAAUCCCCGGUAAGAAUAAUCUCUGA